AUGUCAGUUGGCGGUAAUGACAUCGGAUAUUCAGAAAUAUUGUCCACUCUAAUUGGAGGUCCAACAGGUCCUCUGUUCUCCACGAUUGAUAUGCGCUUCUUCUACACAUCGUAUCAGCUAGAUCGAGUUGCAAAAGCUAUUCAAAAGUUGAAACCAAACCAGGUCAUCAUACCACAUUAUUUCGAUCUCACACGCAACGAACGAGGUGUAGUGGAUGCCGAUUGCGCUGACAUGCGACAAAUAAGCACCGAAAAUUUGAUGUUAGCCGAAAAAAAAAUUUUACAACGGAUUAAUGGAUUGAUAACGAAAAAAUCUAAGCAAUACGGUUGGACAGCAGUUGAAGGAGUCACUGAAUUGUUCCGAUCACGCGGUUGUUGUUCUUCUAAUUCAUUUAUUAGAAGCAUACGCGACUCAAUUCGAUUGCAAGGCAAUAGUUUUGGAGCAUUUCAUCCGAUAGAGGAAGCCCAUCAGCAGAUCGCUGAUUUGAUUGUCAAACAAGUGCGACAGUUCGAUAAUUAA